AUGGAACAACCGAAGUUGAAAAGGCGCAGUUUGCGGAGCGAAGCUUCUGGAAACCCUAAGGCAUAUAACAAUCCUAAAAUCAUUGAUGCUUCUUCCAUUGCUAAUCGUCUCAUGAAUGAUGUUACUUCACACAAGUUUGAGCAAGAGAGAGGACACUCUGCAUCGGCUGUUGAAUGCUACAUGAAAGAACAUGCGGUUUCAAAAGAAAAAGCAUGUAAUGGAUUGAAGAAGAGAGUGGAGAAUGCUUGGAAAGAUAUAAACCAGGAAUUGAUAUUUAGUGAGAUAUCCAAAGUUGUUCCAAGGACAGUUCUUACACGAAUACUCAAUUUUACAAGGGUCACCGAGUUCAUUUACAAGAAUAGAGAUGAGUACACACAUGUUGGGAAAAAUACAAAAGAAGGGAUAACUUCUUUGCUCAUUGAUCCCAUCUCAGUCUCUUAUUGA